AUGUCGGACGUCGAAGACUCGCCUUCCCCUCAAUAUCCGGGGGACGAUACCCGGCCGACUAGUACACGAGAAAUUGCUGCUUGGUACAGCUAUGGAUGGGCCGCCGAAGUAUUCGUCGUGUGUGCGAUGGGAUCCUUCCUUCCCAUCACGCUGGAACAAAUGGCUCGUGACAAUGGACAUCUUGCAGAUGACAAGACCCAGCCAUGUCAGGCUAGCCACAUAAGCACCUUCUCCAGCGACCUUCUGCUGAGUCGGUCGAAUCAAUGUGUUGUUGAUCUGCUCGGACUCGAGAUCAAUACGGCAAGCUUUGCGAUGUAUACCUUCUCACUAAGCGUGUUAAUUCAAGCGCUGCUUAUUGUCACGAUGUCUGGUGCUGCGGAUCACGGCAGCUACAGAAAGUCGCUGCUGAUACUGUUCGCAUGCAUCGGAUCUGUCGCAACCAUGCUAUUUAUUGCAGUCCAGCCUCAGAUCUAUAUUCUUGCGGCAAUUCUGGCAAUCAUCGCGAACACAUGUUUUGGCUCAUCGUUUGUGCUUCUCAAUUCGUUCCUGCCACUCCUCGUUCGGCAUCAUCCGGCAAUGUUGCGCAAGGUCACCGCAGCACCAAGAGCAGAGAAUACGAAUGACGAACUCGAUGCUGCCACGCCUCCUGAUAUUAACACACCGCUGCUGCAAACCGUCCCAGAUGGAGCAAGUUCUGUGCAAGGCAGUCAUUCAGAUGACCCAGAGCAUUCAACUAUACGUCUCUCUACGCGAAUCUCUGCGAAUGGCAUGGGGAUAAGCUACGUCGGAGCUCUCUUGCUGCAAGUUAUGUGUAUCAUUGUUGUGCAAGUCACUCACCAGACUACAUUCUCAUUCCGUUUGGUUAUGUUUUUGAUUGGUCUUUGGUGGUUUGUCUUCACUAUACCUUCGAUGCUAUGGUUAAGACCACGGCCGGGCCCUCCGCUACCUACACCAAGCGAUGGAAAGACUACUCUCACCUGGCUUGGCUACAUGUCGUUUUCAUGGAAAUCUCUUGCCAGGACUAUUAUGCGAGCUCGACGUCUCAAGGAUGUUGCUUUAUUUCUUGCGGCUUGGUUUCUCCUCAGCGACGGAAUUGCGACGGUUAGCGGGACCGCCAUUCUCUUUGCCAAAACUGAACUUCAUAUGCAACCUGCAGCACUUGGCUUGAUCAGCGUUAUUGGAACACUCUCUGGAGUUGUGGGCGCAUUUGCCUGGGGUUUUCUCUCACGGCAUUUCAAUCUCCGUGCCCAGUAUCCGAUUAUUGCCAGUGUGCUUUUACUUGAAGUCAUCCCAUUAUAUGGAAUGCUAGGAUUUAUUCCUGCGAUACAGAGACUCGGGUUCCUUGGGUUACAACAGCCUUGGGAAGUAUAUCCCAUGGGAGCCAUCUACGGUCUUACAAUGGGCGGCUUGUCGGCGUACUGCCGAAGCCUGUUCGGCGAGCUCAUCCCUCCUGGAUACGAAACGGCAUUUUACGCUCUAUAUGCGAUUACUGACAAGGGCUCGAGCGUGUUUGGUCCUGCGAUUGUCGGCGCAAUCACCGAUCGGUAUGGUGAGAUCAGACCGUCCUUUGUCUUCCUGGCUAUUUUGAUAUUCCUCGCCGUCCCCUUAAUGCUUUGUUUGGAUGUGGAUCGCGGAAAACGAGAUGCAUUGGCUCUCGCAGAAGAGUUGGAUCAAGACCAACACGAGUCCUAG